AUGGGGCUCCCCGCGCUCGAGUUCAGCGACUGCUGCCUCGACAGCCCGCACUUCCGAGAGACGCUCAAGUCGCACGAAGCGGAGCUGGACAAGACCAACAAAUUCAUCAAGGAGCUCAUCAAAGACGGGAAGUCGCUCAUCAGCGCGCUCAAGAAUUUGUCCACAGCAAAGCGGAAGUUUGCAGAUUCCUUAAAUGAAUUCAAGUUUCAGUGCAUAGGAGACGCGGAAACAGAUGACGAGAUGUGUAUAGCAAGGUCUUUGCAGGAGUUUGCCACUGUCCUCAGGAACCUGGAAGAUGAGCGGAUACGGAUGAUUGAGAACGCCAGCGAGGUGCUCAUCACGCCCUUGGAGAAGUUCCGGAAGGAGCAGAUCGGGGCUGCCAAGGAAGCCAAAAAGAAGUAUGACAAAGAGACCGAGAAGUAUUGUGGCAUCUUAGAAAAACACUUGAAUUUGUCUUCCAAAAAGAAAGAAUCUCAGCUUCAGGAGGCAGACAGCCAAGUGGACCUGGUCCGGCAGCAUUUCUACGAGGUGUCGCUGGAGUACGUCUUCAAGGUGCAGGAAGUCCAGGAGCGCAAGAUGUUCGAGUUCGUGGAGCCUCUGCUGGCCUUCCUGCAGGGCCUCUUCACUUUCUAUCACCACGGUUACGAGCUGGCCAAGGAUUUUGGCGACUUCAAGACACAGCUGACCAUCAGCAUUCAGAACACAAGAAAUCGCUUUGAAGGCACCAGGUCAGAAGUGGAGUCCCUGAUGAGGAAGAUGAAGGAGAAUCCCCUUGAGCACAAGACCAUCAGCCCGUACACCAUGGAAGGGUACCUCUACGUGCAGGAGAAACGUCACUUUGGAACUUCCUGGGUGAAGCACUACUGUACGUAUCAGCGGGAUUCCAAGCAGAUCAGCAUGGUGCCGUUUGACCAGAAGUCAGGAGGAAAGGGGGGAGAAGAUGAAACAAUCACCCUGAAGUCCUGCACGCGGCGCAAAACAGACUCCAUCGAGAAGAGGUUUUGCUUUGACGUGGAAGCUGUAGACCGGCCAGGGGUUAUCACCAUGCAGGCAUUGUCGGAAGAGGACCGGAGGCUCUGGAUGGAAGCCAUGGAUGGCCGGGAACCCGUCUACAACUCGAACAAAGACAAUCAGAACGAAGGGACUGCGCAGUUGGACAGCAUUGGCUUCAGCAUCAUCAGGAAGUGCAUCCAUGCUGUGGAAACCAGAGGGAUCAAUGAGCAAGGGCUCUACCGAAUCGUGGGGGUCAACUCCAGAGUGCAGAAGUUGCUGAGUGUCCUGAUGGACCCCAAAACAGCUGCAGAGACGGAAACAGAUAUCUGCGCCGAGUGGGAGAUCAAGACCAUCACCAGUGCUCUGAAGACUUACCUAAGAAUGCUCCCAGGGCCGCUCAUGAUGUACCAGUUUCAAAGAAGUUUCAUCAAAGCAGCAAAGCUGGAGAACCAGGAGACUCGGGUCUCUGAAAUCCACAGCCUGGUUCAUCGGCUCCCAGAGAAAAAUCGGCAGAUGUUACAGCUGCUCAUGAACCACUUGGCCAAUGUUGCUAACAACCACAAGCAGAACUUGAUGACCGUGGCCAACCUUGGCGUGGUGUUUGGACCCACCCUUUUGCGGCCUCAGGAAGAGACCGUAGCCGCCAUCAUGGAUAUCAAAUUUCAGAAUAUUGUCAUCGAGAUCUUAAUAGAAAACCAUGAAAAGAUCUUCAACACCGUGCCCGAUGCGCCGCUCACCGGCACCCAGCUACAUCUGUCGCGGAAGAAGAGCGGCGAUGCGAAGCCCCCGUCCUGCAGCGAGAGACCCCUGACGCUCUUCCACGCGGUGCAGGCGACAGAGAAACAGGAACAAAGGAACAGCAUCCUCAACUCCAGUUUGGAAUCUGUCUCAUCGAACCCAAACAGCAUUCUGAAUUCCAGUAGCAGCCUGCAGCCCAACAUGAACUCCAGCGACCUAGACCUGGAUGUGGUCAAACCUGCUCGGCCCAACUCACUCCCCCCGAAUCCAAGCCCAACAUCACCCCUCUCGCCAUCUUGGCCCAUGUUCUCGGCGCCCUCCAGCCCUAUGCCCACCUCAUCCACGUCCAGCGACUCAUCCCCCGCCAGCACACCGUUCCGGAAGGCAAAAGCCUUGUACGCUUGCAAAGCUGAACACGACUCGGAGCUCUCGUUCGCAGCAGGCACGGUCUUCGAUAACGUUCAUCCAUCUCAGGAGCCUGGCUGGCUGGAGGGGACUCUGAACGGGAAGACUGGCCUCAUCCCCGAAAACUACGUGGAGUUCCUCUAAGCCUGGGCCCCAGCAGAACUGCUGAGCUUUACAUGGUAUCCAUGACAACCGCUGACACCAGUGUCGUAGGCCAUUUCUGUUUGCCACUGAGGAUUGCAGGGGACUGACUGUUGCUACCUGUUGCCACGAAUGUUCCUGUGAACUCUCACGUCUCCCAUCUCCGCCGUCAUCUCAGCUGACAGUGAUACCGCAAGAAGCAGAAGUCAAUCAGCAGAGGCCGUUUGCUAUGGAUGACAGGGAGGAAGGCUUGCCAAGCCAGUUUCUCAUGGGUGCCCUAAACAGGGAGCGCUCAUUUUUGUCUCAAGUGUCAUCCACACCCCCAUCCUCCUGAAACAGGAAGUGAGCUAUCAGGAGCCCCCAAGAGCACAUAGCACAGCGAAGGCCAGCCGGCCUGGGCAGAGAAACUGGCACUGAGGUCCGGGCUCGGUCCGUCGCUUUUGUUUACAGGAGGCUCUCCCUCUUCCUCGGAAUACUUGAGACCCACAGUGCCGCAGGCAGCUGGGUCUGUCUGUCUGCAUGCCGGGCGGAGAGGGGUGAUGGCACUGUUUAUGUAAGACCCAAUCUCUCAGCAUCUCUAAAGCAGCCACUAGCCCAUCAGCAGCACAAUUCAGUUCUUGCCUCUCAGGCGAGGGAACACGCUCACCCCAUGUUACCCACUCCCGAGCUAGGAACUUCCCGGCCACCACGGGCCACCAUCCUCUGGUAACCACGGCAACCCAGCCUACUCAUAAACCAACCUCCAGAAAAUAACAUACUCUCUUUGCAUGACACAUUUUUUCCCCCUACUUCCUUCUCGAUUGCUUUUUGAAUGGUUUUCCAAGAACUUGAAGGAAAGGAUGGCAGAGUGAAGGUGGUCUGCCUAGGACAGACAGGAUAGCCGCUGGAAACAGUUCCCUUUCUGCUGAAUUUCAAUCACAUGAGAAUAUAUGUGGAGCAAAACCUAGUAAGCUCUUGAGAUUCAAUUACAUAGAAGCUACGUAUCUCUGUUCCUCCAUGCCAUUGGUGUUUACUUUCGAGAGGAGAAGGUGCUACCUCCCGGUGGGUGGCACCAUCGAAGGAUGGGUCCCUCAUGUCCUCCUUUCACUCGCCCCUGCCCGCCUCUAGCCCGUCACUCACCAGCCCUCUUGCAGUGCUUUGGGCCUUGGGCACUGGUGCCCUUUGGUUUCUAGCCAUGCUUUCUGGGUCGCCCUGUGACUUACAGUUUCAGAGGAGUAUCUGCAAUCACUGCCACUCAGAAGAAGGGACUUGUUUCCUGGGACUCACGCACAAGGCUGAGGUCAUAGGCACUGUGAUUCAGGAAGGCCCCACAAGUGCAGGGCAGCAAGGAUGAGCUGGUCCAAAGAGGCAGGGCCUUUGGAAGACCGCCUUGGAUGGGGAGGUCCCCCUGGAUAUUUCGCAUUCACGAAGUCUCAAAGAACAGAGUCCCCGUGUCUUCCACAUGGGAAAGCCGUGGCGGUCGUGGCUCUGGACAGACAAGCUCCAACCUGAAGGACAAUCCAGCUCUGCCCAAGCCCUGCGGACGGCAGCAUCGCUCUGGACAGUGUCCCCUGCUCCUGGAAUUCCUUGUUAGGGAACUUUAAAGAAGGAAAGAAAAACUUGAAUAGUGUUGACUUACUGUAUCUUUUACUUUUUUUUUUUUAAAGAUAAAUUUGUAAAUAGAGUGAUUUGAAAUACUAUAUGGCAAAGUUUUAUAUUUGAUACUCUUUAAGCUAGUUGCUACCCACAUGUAGGCUUUGAUGGCUGAACAAGUGUGGUUGAGAGGGAAGGAAAGGAGGCCGGGGGAAGGGUGCCCGGAUCGGUGUGCCCCUCUGGCCUGGCAGAAGGAGACCCACCCCACCACCCGCUCUCUCUCGGUUCCCCUCGAGGGGCCUGACAAUUGGUGGUGUUCAGUCUUCUUUAUCCACCUGUGUUUGUCAGCAUUCCUUGGGGUUUGAAUUUGGAGGUGGAAAGAGCAUCUUCAGGCAGUGAGUUUUUCAAAGAAUGCCUACUUGGUCGUCACACAAAGCUCAGGAUUUAAAUAGGUGGGGCCAGAGAGUAGAUUUUUUCUGGUUUUUCUUCUCAGGUGUAUUUCUUGCUACCCCCCAAGAUAUCAGGACAGAAGGAGGUGGAAUAACUGCUGUGUUCCCUUCUUCUGACAUCUAAGGCUUUACAAAUGAGGCUAAGCUAGCUGGCAAUGAUGUACACGUCUAAGUUCUAAGAAAUGACUGGUUUCUUGGAAUCCUGAGCUCUGGGUAUGUGGCUGCUCCCUUUCCCUCGGCAUGUAUGUGUUCUUUCCUUUCACCUCCAGAUUCCGUGUAACCCCCAGAUAGGAAAAGACACAUGGAGGCGUGUAGCUUGUGCAUUCAAGCUUCAGAGCUCGCAGGGUUUCAGUGCUCUGGUUCACUAUUCAGUGGAUCAGCUCGAGGUCAUACAGAAGCUCUCCAGGGACUCACGCGGGAGAAAGCAAGACCACACCGUGGAUUCAGGGAAUAAGAAUUAAGAAUGGACAAGGCUAAAAUCUGUCACUAACAGCCCAAGAGGAGAGUACUAACAGACUACCUGCUGCACUGAGAUCCAGGGAUGUGAAGUUGGGAGGUGGGGACUCCCCAUGGGACAAGCACACUCACACCGGUGCCAGAGGAAAGGAGGCCAGCAUACUGACUUUAGUGCAUUGGACAAUUUGAAUUGUCCCCUGCCCCCUUCGGCUCUUACUUGAAUUUAAUAUGGAGGAGCAGAAGCCAGAGUCCCCACUUCAGGACCUCCUCACUGAAGCAGACCUGUAGACACUUGGCUGCAGCUGGAGUGCCUGGAAGCCUGUCCCUCCCUCCUGAGUGCCCUUGAUGGCAUCUGCUGCGUGAGACCCCUUCCCUGCAGCCAUACUGGGCUGGUGGCAGGUGGUUGCUCUGGUUCCCUUUGUCCCACCAGGCUCUCCUCCUCCCCAUUGGCUACAGAACUAUAGGAACUGUUCAGUGUGAGCCAACAAGCAGGAAGGAACUUGAAGAGUAAAAACAGAUUGGACUUUCUUCACCAUGCAUGGUUGCUACCCCUAACUCUGUCUUAGUAAGGAUAAUAGCAGGGCCCAUGACGGCAGACCAGGGGUAUAGAUUGGGUAUCGCUGAGUUUUCCUUGGAGCCUUGUUUGCUUUGUCAGAUUCUGCGGUCAGUUAUCCACAGUCUGAAUCUUUGGGGGCUAUGGAGAUUGCUCACUCGCUCACUCCUCCAGGUAUCCAGGAUUUCCUAGCCAGGGAAUGCUGAGCCACGAGGAGAUAACUCGUUCCAAGUCCUUGCCCCCAAGCAAGUAGAGUGCUGGCUUGCUCAUGGUGGAGAAUACUCCGUUCUCUUUUUCAAAAUAAACUCAUUGAGGUGAGUCCUGGACAGUGCAAGCUUUCUUGGUAUAGAAUGGGAGCCAGGUUCUAGCUCAGUGCGUAUGGUAUUUCUACAGCCAAUAUGUGUCCUCUGAACGUUAGACCCAGCGGCUUGUUUUCAACCUAACUUCAGCUUGUCCCUUCUUGCUGAGUGGCUUUUGGACGGAGGCAAAGACAAAGAGAAAAUGAGCAAUGAAGUGGCAGAUUGGCAUUGGGGCUGAGCCGUGCUGGUAACACGGUCAUCUUGGGUGUUAGUGCAGGACGCCCAAGCAAGGAGGCCUUCUGCUCACUGAGUCUGUGCCUCAACAACAGCAUCCCCAGGCGUGCUGAACGGGCUCCCUUGACUGCAGAGACUGUGGAGGCACCAUGAUUGGGGGCUGGAGAGACAAAAGCAGCCAAAGGUCGCUGUUUGCUCGCUCAUGACUGUCUGCUGGCACCUUUAAUCUGCUGACUUCUGCUUCCAAAAGCAGUAUUACCAAACUUUGUAGCUAGGGGACUCCCAGGUACAGCAGUGGUCACUGUGUCACCCAUGCUCUGCCCUGGUUAUGAGUGACAUGUCACCCAAGUAAGUUGCCAGUGCUGGAGCAGCCCCUCAGCUCCCUGACUUUGAAAGGAAUGUCCCAGGUGUUCUGUCUAGGGCGCUGUCUCUCUUCUGGCAAACUUGACCAUGAUCAAUUACCGUGACAACCCUGCCCCUCUUCUCUUUCAAGUUAGCCCAGAGUCUGCUCACACACCCUGUGCUGGUGUUUGAAAAAUGUGUCUGGUCGUGUUCACAUGUACUUGGCAGCCAUGCUGAUGUGCUGGGUGCCGAACCACUUCUCUGUAAUCGUGACAUCAAAAUGACAACAGCAGGGCAGUGAAGCUUACGGGGUCCUGCAGCGUGGCUGAGACAAGACUCCAGCAGGUGAUAAUUAGCCUCUUCCUUUGGCCACUUACAGUACUUUGCUAACUAAAGAGCUUCCCAAAGCAGAGGGAGAGGCUGGAGAGAGAAUCCGAUGGCAUUCAGAGCCCCCCAUUGCUGAAGUCUCAUCUAAGGGGAAUGCCUCUGUGCCUGGGCAGAAACGUGGUGGAAGUGAUUGACAGCAGAAGCAGCGAGGAGGAGCAAGGUGCAUCGCACUGAGGAACUGGGCUGGGCUUGGGAUUUUUAGAGGAAUAAAUACUGUUCAUCAUAGCGAGAAAAAAAACUAUCCCAGGAAAGUUUCACAAGGAAUGUUUUUACAAAAGUUUUUGCAGGAUGUUACAAAUGAAAAUAUCUCUUAAGGUGGAAUGUCUUGGAGAGCAAACACAGUACCAGUCCCAAGCCCAUGGCAAAGUAGCAAUUGCUGCUAUGUCAAAAUUCAUGGCACUGGAGUCAGGGAGAACCAGGAUACUGCUAACCAAAAUGUCAGGACUACAUGGAGCAUGCCCAGAGAGGCUAAGACAUUCACUGCCAUUUUGCCUCGACCAUUUCUACAGAGUUGUCCAAACGGACACCUUCAAGCUGCUUUCUUGGGUAUCUGGAUGCCAGGAUCAACCCUGCAUCUUUGAAAACAUCCAUCUGAUGAUUCUACAGAAUAUGUGUUCAUAUGUGCGUGUGUUGUGUGUGUGUGUGUGCAGCACAUAAUCACUAGGUGAAGGUGCAGGCUCUCUUACAGCCACCCACGUGAGCUGGAAGUUGCUGAGCCUGUCCAACCUUGAGAAUCUGGAGUUUCAGAAUUAGAGAAAAGGAAAGGCUGUUGAUUGAAUUUUAUUCAUAUUUAUCCAAUGGUUCCUAUCUGCAGCUAUGUUCCUUAUUAACUUAUUUUUUAAAAGAUGUUGAAAAAAACAAAAGAUGAAACCCAUAAAUGCUUAGUAGUUAAUGCUGGGCCAGUGUUCCAAAGCACUCUAAAAGACAUCUUGUCCAUGUUUUGGCUAAAGAAAAUAUUUGCAUGUUUAAUUCAUAAUUGAGGCUACCUUUGAGUAUAGCAUAAAGUGCUGUGUAAUAUAAUAUCAAUAAAGUACUUAUAAAAUGGCACUUUAAUGUUUUCUUUUUAAAAGACAUAAAUAAUGCACUGUUGUAGAUGUCAGCUGAGUAUUGAGUAUUGUCUGGUACAUAGAAUCCAAUUCUGUAAUUAAAAAAUCACCUGUGGCUAGAAUAGAACUUUUCCCCUAUUAUUAGAAAAACAGUUUUCCAUGUUCAGGCUUUUUAAAAACUGUGCUUUUGUGUCUCUAAGUAUAUCUAUAAAGAAAAUGCAGUUUCUGUCAAAUGGCCUCUGAAACUUGGCUUUCUCACACUUGGCUGGUUUCUGUGACAAUCUAUGAACAUGAAACGAGUGGAAGUAUGAUUUUUGAAUUAAAUGA